AUGCAGGAACCUAAACCUCACGUCUCGGUUCCCCGACAUGCCAGUGACGCGAAUGUCUUCAGCGGUAGAAUGGAAGACGAAGACAUAGGUGUUGAGAGAGCCAUGGGUUUGGAGCUCGAUAACGCAGGUUAUCUGCGUGGAUUGAGACUACACCUUGUUUCUCUGAGCACUUGCUUAUGUUUGUUCCUUGUGAACAGUGAAGUUACUGUCGUUGGUACCGCGCUGGUAUCAGUCGUGAAAGACCUCGAUGGAAUCAAUCAGAUGGGAUGGGUCAUCACAGGAUAUCUCAUUACAUACACCAGCAUGAUAAUAAUAUGGGCGAAACUCAGCGAUAUCUUCGGCCGUAAAUACACAGCCAUUGCAACCGUACUCGUCUUCACCGCAUUCUCUGGUGCAUGCGGCGCCGCGCAGACCAUGAAUCAGAUGAUCAUUAGUCGCGUUUUCCAAGGCAUCGGUGCUGCUGGGUGCUGGUCUGUUGCUCUGACUAUUGGAUAUGAGAUGGUCCCUAAACACCAACGUCCCAUCCAAGGAGCACAAUUUAUGACUGCUGGAGCGCUGGGCUCGCUCGCUGGACCUCUGAUUGGAGGAGGUACGAGCCAGAAUGGACAGUGGAGAUGGGCAUUUCUAUUCUGUGUCCCUCUCGGAGCUGCGACAAUCCUCCUUCUUCUGAUAGUAUUACCUGCCUCUUUCCCGUUCCAGGGUGAUCCUAAGUAUCAACACCCAACAUGGCGAGACCGAAUCGCCAGGCAUUCACUUGCUCGCCUUGAUGUCGCCGGCGCAUUCCUACUCCUCGGCGCAACAAUGCUCAUCGUUGCCGUGCUCCUCGAGGGUGGCCUCUCGAUAGCUUGGAGCAGUGGUCCCGCCAUUGCACUCUUCGUUGUGUCGGGAGUAAUGUGGAUUGCUUUUCUUGGGAACGAAUGGUUCUUUACCAAACAUGAGCGAACUCUGGAACCUAUCUUCCCCUGGCGUUUCCUGCAUAAUCGGCCUUGGAUGGGAACGCUGCUAUUUUCAUUCCUCUCUGGUAUUCCUUACAACAUUCUCAUCAUCAAUGUUCCGCAACGAUACCAAGAUGUAACCGGGACUUCUCCGCUAACCGCUGCAAUACGCCUGAUUCCCUUCAACAUCUUCAUAUCCUUCACAGGCUUCGUGGUAAAUGGAUUCAUUGCUAAAAAAGGUGUUGCUUGUGUAUGGAUCCUUCUUGUUGGGUCUAUACUACAAGUUGGCGGUCUAGCGUGGUUCUGCGUUCUCCCCGAAGACGGGACGAUCCCAUCAACAAUCUAUGGAGCGCAAGUCUUGACAGGUUUGGGAAUUGGUGCUGUAAUGGGCAUUACUCUGCUGAUGCCUCCGCUUGUGGUAGAGAAAAGGGAUACUGCUAUCUCCAGUGGUGCGCUCCUCCAAUUCCGCGCACUGGGCGGAGUUUUAGGCCUGUCCAUCACAACCACCGCGUUCAACAACUACCUAAAGACCCACUUAUCAAUUUUCGACAGUCUAUCUACGUCUGAUAUGCUGAAAGCCGUGCAAUCCGCACGUGACUUCUCGCCAGAUGUGCAGCAUCAGAUUGUUAUAGCGCUAGCGAAGGCAUACAACUUGCAGAUGAAGAUAUUGAUCGGAUUUUCUGCGCUGCAAAUCUUCGUUAUUCUGAUGAUCUGGAGAAAGGGCGAUCAGAUUCGGGUGGUUGAUGCCAGAAGGGUGAAAGCGGAGUCUUCGAGUGCAUCGAGUGCUUCUGAUACUUCGAUCGCUGCGAAUGUUGGCGCUGAAGCCGAAAAGACAGCUUGA